AGUCGGCGCUCCUCCCGGCGCGGUGCAGUCUCAGCUCUCCACCGGACCCGGUAUGAGGAGCCAGUGAGCCGCGGCCACCGUCAACCAUGCAGGCGGAGGACAUGGAGGUACCUAUCAUUAAUAACCUUAACGAUAACGGCGACAGACAGAGGCCGAAAGGGAAAGAUGUGUUCAAGGAGCAGCAGAAGGAGUCGGAGAGCUCCAUGGAGUCUCCGAACCUGGAGUUUGAGUACGGAGACACGGACACACUCACCGCUGAGCUUUCAGAGCUCUACAGUUACACAGAGGAGCCGGAGUUUGCCCUGAACAGAGACUACUUUGAGGAGGACUUCAGGAGCCAUGCUCGAGGCCGGAGGUGGAUCGAGCUGACGGUGGAGGAGCAGAAGGCGUAUGUGAUGAGGCUGCUGGACGCUCUGGAGGUGACCGACCGGGACAAGAGGCUGAAGGUGGCCAGAGCCAUCCUCUACCUGGCUCAGGGAGUGUUUGAUGAGUGCGACACGGAGGUGGACGUGCUCCACUGGUCCAGACACAACGUCUUUCUGCUCUACGACAUGGGCAUCUUCACGGCGCUGCUGGAGCUGCUCAGCAUGGAGAUAGAUAACAGCCAGGCGUGCAGCAGUGCAGUGAGGAAACCAGCCAUCUCUCUCGCAGACAGCACAGAGCUCAGAGUGCUGCUGAGCAUCAUGUACCUGAUGGUGGAGACUAUUAGAGUUCAAACAGAAGACGACCGACCUGAGUGGAGAUCAGCCAGAGAGGCCUUUAAGAAUGAGCUAGGUUCACCCCUCUACAACGGAGAGCCCUUCGCUCUGCUCCUCUUCACCAUGGUGACCAAGUUCUGCAGCAUGAACGCUCCACACUUCCCCAUGAAGAAAGUGCUGCUGCUGCUCUGGAAAACAAUACUGUUCACUCUGGGGGGAUUCGAGGAGCUCCAGGAGAUGAAGGUGCGAGGCCGGGAGCGUCUCAACCUGCCGCCGCUGCCGGAGGACAGCAUCAAGGUGGUCAGGGCCAUGAGAGCCGCCUCGCCCCCGGCCUCCGCCAUGGAGCUCAUCGAGCAGCAGCAGCAGCAGAAGAGAGGCCGCCGCAGCCGCAGGAGUGCCUUUGUUGAUAGCUUGGAAGGAGACAGUCCCUUUCCCAAGAAGCAGCCCCUCGUAAAGCAGGACAGCCUGGACACGUACAACGAGCGAGACCCCUUCAAGAACGACGACGCCCGCGACGAGGAGGAGGACCCCGAGGACACCGACAGCGGCAUCGAGGGGGAGGUGGAUCCGCUGGACCGGGAUGUCAUCAUCCAGCCGCCGCCGCCGCCUCCUCCUCUGAGACCCCCGACAGAGAGGGUCAACUUCCCCAAAGGCCUCCCCUGGGCGCCCAAAGUCAGGGAGAAAGACAUCGAGCACUUCCUCGAGACGAGCAGGAACAAGUUCAUCGGCUUCACUCUGGGAAAUGACACAGAGACCCUGGUGGGCCUACCCAGACCCAUUCAUGAGAGCGUCAAGACUCUUAAACAGCAUAAAUACGUGUCCAUUGCUGAAGUGCAGAUCAAAAGAGAAGAAGAGCUGCAACAGUGUCCGCUCACUCUGGGCGAGGAGGAGGUGGAGGAGACUCCAACAGAGAUGCUCUACCUGGGAAUGCUUCCCAACCUCUCACAGUAUGUGAUCGCCCUCCUGAAGCUGCUGCUGGCUGCAGCUCCGACCUCCAAAGCCAAAACCGACUCUAUCAACAUCCUGGCUGAUGUGCUGCCUGAAGAGAUGCCCAUCACAGUCCUUCAGAGCAUGAAGCUGGGAAUCGACGUGAACCGUCACAAGGAAAUCAUCGUCAAGGCCAUCUCGGCUCUGCUGCUGCUGCUCCUCAAGCACUUCAAGCUCAACCAUAUCUAUCAGUUCGAGAUUGUCUCCCAGCACCUGGUGUUUGCCAACUGUAUCCCACUCAUCCUCAAGUUCUUCAACCAGAACAUCAUGUCCUAUAUCAGUGCCAAAAACAGUAUCUGUGUUCUGGACUUUCCCCACUGUGUGGUCCAUGAGAUGCCUGAACUUACAGCUGAGAGCCUGGAAGCAGGAGACAGCAACCAAUUCUGCUGGAGGAACCUGUUUUCUUGCAUCAAUCUGCUGAGGAUCCUGAACAAGCUGACCAAGUGGAAGCACUCGAGGACCAUGAUGCUGGUUGUUUUCAAAUCUGCCCCCAUCCUGAAGAGAGCUCUGAAGGUGAAGCAGGCCAUGAUGCAGCUCUACGUUCUCAAGCUUUUAAAGAUCCAGACCAAGUACCUGGGCCGCCAGUGGAGGAAGAGCAACAUGAAGACCAUGUCGGCCAUCUACCAGAAAGUCCGCCACAGGCUCAACGAUGACUGGGCCUACGGAAACGAUAUCGACGCCCGACCGUGGGACUUCCAGGCGGAGGAGUGCGCCCUACGGGAGAGCAUCGAGAAGUUCAACAGCCGCCGCUACGAUAAGAACAAGAACGGAGACUUCACACCGGUGGACAACUGCCUGCAAAGCGUGCUGGGCCAGCGGGUGGAGCUGCCCGAGGACUUCCACUACAGCUACGAGAUGUGGCUGGAGAGGGAGGUGUUCUCGCAGCCCAUCCAGUGGGAGGGGCUGCUGCAGAAUCCAUAACCCACUGGAGGCAGGCAGGGAGGGAGGGUAGUGGAGGGGGGAGAAAUAUGGGGCUUGAUGCAAAUGUGAAGGUUGUAGCGAUGGAAGUGAGGUAAGAAAGCAGCAGCUGGAGGUUGUGAAGUCACCAGCGAAGUGAAAAUGGAGUGCUUGGUUUUGAUGCCACACACUAACAUGUGCCUACGACUACUGUGAACACACACGACAGGCAAGAUCAGAGGUAGCAGUUUAUAUAAGAAAAUCUGGUAGCAGGAGACUGUGUUAGCCAGUUUUACUGCCCCCCUCAUGUCACACAACAAAAACGUCCGUUUAUAUUAUCCAGUACGUCCCCUUUUUUAACACGUCGGUGCUUUUCGGACUCCUUAGUAACCUAUUUAUUUGUAUCAGUGUGUGUCGGUAAACAUUUUAUGAUGAAGAAAGAUGUACAUUUGAAUUAUUUCUAUUCUUUUUUUUUUUUUUUUUAACGCAAAGCCUACUGCGGGUUAUUGGGGGUAUUUGAUUGUCGAUGAUAGGUUUUCAAAUCUUUUCUUAUGUAUUUUCUAGAAAAAAAAAAGACAAACCACAGGGUCACGAUAGUCCAAAUGUAGAAGUAGGAGCUGUUUGCUCUCAUGGCACCAAAAAAAACAAAAGGUGAGAGAAAUAUAUACCAGCUGUAAGUGUAUGGGUUUGUUUGUGGAUGUUCAAACUGUGUGUGGGCAGAAAGAAAAAAGAAAUUCACAAGUGGGGAAAUGUGGAGAGAAGGUAGAGAAUAGUGAUGCUUGUUUGGAAGAAAUUGUAUCCUAUUUGUUUUCUUUUUAAUGUAAAAAAACAGAAAACCUUGUACAGAAUUCCUGCUAUUCCAAAUAUCUUCAAAUCCCAAAGUCCCAUCUGUAAACACUGAUGUCCUCAAAUCAAGUUUAUUUUCAUUUUGCAGUACAUACACAGUAGUACAGGCAAGAUAAGAGAGCUUUCUUCAGCAUCAUUUAAUUAGUCAGUUUUGCAGAAUGCACGUCUGGGAUAAGACAUUAAACGUUCACUCUCGCUGUCUCCUGAAGGGGCGGCAGCAUCCAUGCGCGCCACCAUCAAACCUAUAGGAUUUGUUCAUUUACACACUGAGCCUCAGCCGCAUUCGAGUCCUGAGGGGUGAACUAUGAAGCGAGAAUAAUGAGUUUGCAAGAUGCGUUGAGCCUAAAGUCAGAGUUCUCAGUGUGAUAAAGGUCUGUGUUAACUUGCUAUAUCGCCAUGGCAACUGAUGCUGCCAAGUGUCUUGUACUGCCGGUACUGCAGCUAAUAGAGCAACAGACUAGAAAACGAAUUGGUUUAUUGGUAUUUUUGCUGAGAACAUUCAAUCACUCACAUUAGCGUCACCUUGAUUUGGAUAAAAACUGAAAUAUUUCCACUUAUCCUUCAACAUGAGACAGACCGUCUUGAGUAGCAUGUCUAAAUGAAUGAAUUUCAAUUUUAAGAGCUCAAAUGUUAUGUUAUUUAGGAGAUAUGUGGCUGCAUUGAGAGUGCACUGAUCUGCAAAUAUGUAUUCACUACAUGAUUAACAAUUUUCCACCAGCAUGCCUCUUUUGCAUCAGUAGCAGCGCUUUUUAGCAGUUUGAUAUUCUUCAUAGCUCUCCAUUUAUAACAAGCUGUUCCUCUUGACUGAAGUAGGCGACACACCGUGGGGUUCAUUUUGUGCGGAAGCAGAGUCAAUUGUUGCGUUAAAUGCCCUUUUUUUAUUAGAGUGCACACAGAGAAUAAGGAAGAAAACCUGUUUAACAAAGAAAGCUGAUAACCGUUGUCGUGAUAUAUCUGCUUGGGGUUUUGUCAAACUUGCUUCAUAGUUCAUUCCUCAGGAUUGCUGCAUACAAAAGGAUGCUAACCAGACAUGUAUUUGACUUUUCUCUUUUACUAAACUUGUACUUUUUGGAUAAAGCAGAAACUCCGGCUCUGUGCCACUUGUUGUUGACACGUUGCUGCUCCUUAUGUGCCGUUGGAAGUGAAAACACGACUGCGGUUCUCGCCGAGUGUCGAGCACUUGUGGGUGUUUUCCUUCCUCAGGCCAAGAAGCCGCUGCGCAAGUAAACUCAAAUGUGCCAUCUGAAGGGUUUUCUAAAUGCAGUUUUGAAAGAGAAAAGCCUCCAGGAUCAAGGCGAACUUGUUGAUUUCAAUGCGCUCUUCAGCCAGACCAGCACAGCUCUAAUAAAGAGCCUCUCGGUGUUGCUUCCCUGAGCUUUUCUACGAAGGUUAAUCGAAUAUCAGCGAUUAUUUAAAAAACGCAAAAAGCAGGAAUUCUGUGCGAAGCUGAACUCCCUGCUGACACCCUCUCCAUCUGCCUGACAACAGCACAAUUACAUAAACCACUGAGCACACUGGUGGCGGCCUUGGCCAGCACACCUUUGCCACCUUUGCUUGAAAGAACACACAAGGAAAAAAAAAAUGGUGCUGUUUUUCUAGUUUGUCGUCACUGUAACUUCCUUCACCUGCGACUACCUAAGCGGGGCUCCAGGGUCGAAGUGUUUUCUUGGACACGUCUCUACACAAACGAGCACAGAGGACAAAAAAGAUCAGCUCUUUUCCUAUGAUUCAAAUUGUCACCCAACUUGCUCCGAGGGGUCAAGAGCCGUCACGUAUCAACUCUGUAUAGAAUAAUAAUUUGGGUCUUCUCUGUAGAAAUCGUGCAUGACCACCGUUCUGUUCUGUGCCUGUGUUCGACAUUUUAAACGGCUAAUUUUUCGGGGGGGGUCUAAUGAUGUUUCCAGCACAAUAAGAAUUGUAUUUUUUCCUCUUAAAGUCACAAUGUUCUGCAUCACAACUAUUUAUUUUUCUUCAGGAUAUCUUUAAAAAAAAAUAAUAUUGUAUACUUUAUAGACUCUCAGGUUUAUGGAGAUAAUAUAUUGCAAAAGUUUUAAAAAGCUUCCUUGCCAUCGUCUAGCUCACUACCUGCAGUGAGGAAUAAACAUUUAUCGUCACGUUCUCUCGCUGCAGCAACACCUGAAGCACCAACCUCUUACUGCACAGGCUGUACAUGGUCACCGUAACCCCAUCGUGAGUUUUGUGUCGACGCAUUUCAAGUUCAGGUGUACUUUUUUGUAUCUCGUGCCAAAAUUCGAGUGCCAUUUCCUAUUUUUUAUUUUGCCGCCAUAUUGAAAUCACUACUGAAGGUUUGCAAUACAAAAAAAAAACAAAAACAAAACGUUAUUUUCUACCUGAAAAAUUGUACAAUCGAUGAAAAUUGCUGUUUCUUGUAUCAAAGUGUUUAGCAUUGUUAUGGAUGUUACUAUGUGUUUUGUUACUCACAUUUCCAUAUCUGUAAAAGUCUAGAUACAGUAACUACACAAUACUGACUUUGUUCAGGGGUACGUGCAAUUACAGAUUCCAUAGAGGCAUUAUACAAUAGAAUGACAGAUUACAAUAUCAGAGUUGCUUAUUAAACAGUGUUGACCACUU